UGGGACAGGGCCUUGAUGCAGGGGUCGGGGUCAAGAACACAUCCAGGGAUUUGAACUGUACUUGGCUAGAUGUGAACUUUGAAUUGGAACAGUACUUGAGCAGCAACUGAUGACGUUUCACAUGUCCACAAGUACAGACAAGAACACAUAUCUAUAGUCCCCAUGAACCGGAAGUUGCAAAUGACUUUUUUCCAGUGUUGUGAUGUAUUUCGAAGUGAAACAGAAUAUUGAAAAGAGGGCAGGGUUUUACUUUAGUGCUCCUCCUCUCCAUCUCUCGCUCAUAGCAGACUAACGGUUGGAGGGGAGUGGUUUAAGUGUGUCUAACCCAAGCCAUCAAGGGAAGGAACGCCAUUCCAGACUGGAAGUAUCUUUUCAGAUUUUGAUAAAAGAUUACCGCGACAAACCAUUUUUUUUCUGUGUAUUAACUUGCACAGAUUAUUUGUUCACCACAAGACUAGUAAUACGCGCUUACAAAGUAAAUAGGGUCAGUUUUGAUUUCAUGACGACUUUAAGAUGUAUGUGUGAAAAUUGCUGCGUUAUGACUGCUGAAUUUUUGUGGACGUUAAAUUGUGCAGAACAAUCCCACACACUGUUGAGGCCCUGUUAUAAAACACACAAACAGUAUUACUUUAGUUUAACAUGAAUAGUUAGUAUGAUACUAUCUUGAGGCCAAUAACAAUGUUUAUUUUGAUAUUUGACUGUUCUUCAUGAACAGCGGCGCUCGCGCAACUAAGUGUAGCAGUGUAGCUGCACAGCCCCCUCUGCUGGUGAAUAUAAUCACUACACGAUUGCUCCGUUAAUCAACAGGUUUGUUUUCUUUGCAAUGUAUUUGCGGGUUGUUUUAAACGAGCUGUAAAAUGGGGAAAUUUCGGGGGACAGCUCCAGUCGGGGACAGAACACCAAAAACUGGGACUGUCCCAGGAAAACUUGGACGUCUGGUCACCCUAAUUUAGGAAAGGGCCUUGGUCCAAGUUGUAAGUUGCCUCAAAACAAUGAAGAAGUUUUUUCCUACUAUGCUAUGCGAUUCUCUCUCCAACGUUUCUGAAAUUCUCAGAAUCGAUUCUGAGCUUAGUUUUUAACCGCAUAUGCGUGAUUAUGCUGCAUGUUUCAGAAACACCGGUAUUCUGCUUGCUUCCAAUUCCUCUCUCACAUACACACCACUCGAAACUUCCAUAUAAUAAUCUUUCAUAAAGUUCGGAAAGGUUGAAGCGAAUUGGAUAUGUGCUGAGAGAAACGCUUUGCUUGAUUUUAUGCUUGCAGUGUGCGGUCUCGCCCGUCAAUAUUUUCCUUAGAAAAUGAUCUACUAAGGCAUCCUAUAUGUUGUUUGGAAUGCAGUGGGUGGGCUUAUACAUUAAAAAUAUGAAACUCACUGACAGAAGGUAUCAAACGCUCUUGUGCGCUUUGUGAGGAGAGAUCUGUGCAUUAGUGUGAAUGCAGCUUAUUAGAUCUCCCGCUGUCUAUGAGUAGUAAUCAAACAACAGUAAAGCUACGAAAGAAAAAAAAUCACUCACACCUCUUGAAUGGAAAACGUUCAGAUAGCCUAUUCUUAUUUCUGCUACAUAAGAAUAACGUUCAAUUUAAAAUUAAAGAAUUGAAAUGCAAUAAAUCUAUUAAUGUGGAUGUCAAUUUUACACGUAGGCCUAACAUUUGUCAAAGUUCAACAGAAAUUAAACUGCCAGUUUUGCUGCUUUGCCACAAAAGAGAUCCAUUUUAUUUUUGAAUAUUUGAUUAGUUAAUAAGUAAACGUGCAUGGCUUUAUCACUAAUAAAUGUAGCAAUAAAUACAUAAAUACAUAUCAGUUAUAAAUUAUAUUGGAGAUAUCAAUUACUACAUACAGAGUCAGGUUUGAGAUCUGGUCCAAAGUUACAACUUGCUACAACUUGCCCAAAGUUUAUUGCUUCUCAGUUAAUGUUUACACACCAGCAAACUUGCUCUUCCACUUUCUGUCUGCUCUACUGCAUCUGGUAAAACAAAAGCAUUUUUCUUCUGUCUACAUAAAAUAUCUCUGAAAAUGGAGAAUGGAUAUUAGUCUACUAGCAAUUUUGCUGUAAACAGUGCCUGAAGGAUUGCUUGUUAAUUCUGUUGGGAGAAGGAAAAAACAACAUUUUGUGUUUUCUAAAAACAGGACCAAUGGCAAUCGAAAAGGUGAUGGAUAUUCCCUCUGAUAAUGUGUAUGCUUAUGCAUUAUCAAAAACCCUCACAAAGGUUUCUUCCCCUGUGACGGUGGGUCUGUAUUCAGAAUGUCACAACAGGAUCAACAUGGUGCUCAAGAACAUUGAGGUGCAUAUGAAUCAAGAGGCAAAAAGAAGAGAAGAUAAGUGCACUAAGGAACCAAAGCCUCGCUCAAUAACACCAUCUGUUUCUGAUCUGCUCUCUCUGAUCUUUCGGCUCCUCUUCUAUCGGCCUGUGUGGACGGAGCAGAACCAGAACAUGAAAAACAUUCGGUAUCUGUUCGUGAGGUUCAGCGCGUGGCAUUUUGCAGGCAGCGACCUGCUCUGGGCUGCACUGGUAAUGCAGUUGUGCAAGGCUCUUCAGAACAGCUUUGGUAAGCUGCAGCUGGGCCUUUUCCGAAUCGCCCAACACGACGAAGAGAAAGAUGCAGGGAAGAAGAAGAUUGAGGAUAUUCCAAAGAACUGGAGGUCCAAAAAGUUGGGCUGCAUCCCCAUUUGGGCACUAAUACUGAUGGGAUUCAUUGGUUCACUCCUUAUUCUGGUUCCUCUCAUCAUACUUGGAUUUCCUGAUCUGAAGAACCACGAAGAAGGAGAAAAGGUUGAGUCGUCAAGUGGGUAUGGUGUGCUGGAAGGUUUUGCCAUCGCUGCACUUGGUGUUCCUGCAGUUGGAGCACUACGAUUCAUAUUAUUAUUGUUGAAGAACCUCAUCUUCAACCAGGACCUUAAAAUUAGACAAAGGCUGGACAACAAGAAGGUAAGUCAGCAGCUGGGACUAAUGCAUGAAGUUCGUAAGGAGAUGAGACUGCUGUGCUGCUUCAUUUACUUCAUGGAGAUCUUCGAAAGGAGGAGGAUCAGGGUGGUGUUGGAGAUCACCAACUUGGAUCGAUGCACACCGAAGAAAAUUGUAGGUGUUUUGGAUGCCAUUAACAUUCUUCUAUCUGAUGAAGAGAGUCCCUUCAUUUCUGUGCUGGCUGUUGAUCCAGAAGUCCUGGUUAGGCAAGUCCAACAGGCAGAAGACUGUCUUAGCAAAAGAGACUCUGCAUAUGACUUUCUAGAUCGAAUAAUCACACUGCCCUUCACCGUACCUCCAUUAUCUGAUGCAUCAAAGUCCAGCGUCUUUGAAAACAUUGUCCGUGGUCAGUCUGAGAACCCUGAAGACAUUCGUCUUAAAGAGCCUGAAGCAUCUGCUUUAGGAGGUCCUGAGACAUCAUUCUCUGUUGAAGAUGAGUAUUCUGUAAAGUACAGUGAGACUAAAGAAGAUCAAGUUAUCCCUUUGAUUUCAAAAACGGGAAACUUUGAAACCUUUGCUACAGCAGAACUUAAUCUAAACGAAGUGGAUAGGUUAAUCGAGUCUGCAUUUUCUUGCAUCUUCUCAAGAGAUAAAAGCAAACUUCAGUCAUAUAUUUCUGGAGACACCAUGUCAAUGAGAAGAGUGAUUAACUCAAUUCGAGUAACUAUUAUGAUUAUGGAGACCCAAAAAAUGGAGCCUCCCCCUCCAGAGAAAAUAGCAGCGUGGGUGGUUUUGGUGGACCGCUGGCCUUGCAGAUUAAGUUGGAUUAUUCAAUGUGUUGAAGAUGACCAACAGAGUGACGAGAUAGAUGGAACAUUCUGCGCUGCUGAUAAUACCAAGACACUAUGGGAAGUGUUCAAUUACAAUAGUCUGGAGCUCUGCAUCAUUGGAUAUGAGGUGGAGAACUUUCUGGAAAGCGAUGGAGACCCUGAGCUGUUUGAGAUUUUCCUUAGGAAAGACUUCAAGUUCACCGUAGAGGAGUUGGAAAUGUUUAAGCUUUGCACAGUGAACUUAAAUUACUCUAUGAAGAAUGAGCUGGCCAGGGUUCGUGGGAGCCGCAGACUGAACAAAGCAGGGAGAAAUGCUUUCCAGUCCCUAUCAUCACGAACUGUGAUGAACAUGAAAACUGAAGAUAUUUGUCAAGAGUUGACUAAACUAAGCUUCCCAGAGAAAUACCUUGAAACGGUAAGGAAAAAUUUCAUAGAUGGCAGAACGAUCCUCUUCGGUGACCCCAAAGACCUCAGGCAAGUCCUGCAAAUGACUCUGGGAGAAUGGACGGCUUUUAAAAUUCAUUUCCUUGGGGUCACGCCUCCUAGUCGGCCAUCUCUGGCAAAAACUCGUCAAGACACCACAAACCCUGGAGUGGUCAUAUGCCCAUCUGGCCAUGGCCAGUAAGCAGUACAGCUGACCUUGAGGUUUGCAUCACUGCAUUUUUCCUCCUGUGUAUGCAUUCAGUGGACUAAGAUUGUUUCAGGAAACAAUACUGUAUACAAAUUCCUUACGGUGAAGCAAAAAUAAGACUGUGAAUGUACACCAGUGAAUCAGACUACUCAACAAAUGAUGAUAUUUAAAAAUAGAGCUUUGUUAUGCAGAAAACUCUUUCAAUAUUUAAACAGAUCAAAUUUGUAAGAUGUAUUAUUCAUAACAGGAAUAAGUUUUAUUUUGCUUAACUAUUAAGAUUUUGCAUCGACUCUAUAUGAAACUAUUCCUGAAUGUAAUUUCUGUAUGAAUAUAAAAAAAUAAAAUAAAAAAAAACAAAGGGAAACAGUAUUUUACAAAUUCAUUUUCUCCAAAAACAUGAAAAAAAAGUUAAGCUAGUCUGUAAUUAUUCUCACACAU